AUGGGAAGUUUUCAGAUACGACUGUUAGAGGUCUUAGAGUGCUCGUACUUGGAUUGGGCAUUUGUCGCCAUUUGUGGUUUUUCCAUGAAUCCUUUUCCUGAGCUUUUUUUUAAUGGUAAAAAAGUUUUACAGAAUGAAAAACUUAUGGUUGACACACCAGCACAGAUGAUUAGGUUGUUGGGUUCCAAAUACUCUAAUCCAGGUCUAAGGAAACUUGUGGAUUGGACUGUUUUAACUCUGCCUGGGUUUGGCAUCAUAGACCCAGCCGGUCCCAAGCCCGGAAAAAAGAGGAGGGUUCCACAAGGGUUUAAUCCAAGAAGACUGGGAAUUUUUCCAUGGUCAAAAUCCAUGUGUAUUUUGUGGGUAAAAGCUGAAUGCCCACAAACAUUUUGUGAUUCCAUUCCCAUGGAAAUGUUUGUAAUAGAGUUCUCAUGGAUUUCUAUCGGACUUUCUACAAAAAUUUUGUCUGGAACGCAAGAAUAG